GUGUAAUUUAAGAUAUUAAAUGAAAUAAUGGGUGCAGGUCAAUCAGCAUUUACUGAAGAAGAAUUAAAAGAAUAUCAAGAAUUAACUUAUCUAACACAGAAAGAAAUUUUGCAUUGUCAUAAACGUUUUAAAGAGUUAGAUGUUUUAGCUGUUACAAAGGAUAAAAAUGCACGAUUGUCUAAAAGAGCUAUACUUAACCUUCCAGAGUUGAAAGUCAAUCCUUUUCAAGAUCGUAUAUGCCGAGUUUUUUCCUCUACUCCAGAGACUGGUGAUAUGACAUUUGAUGAUUUUCUUGAUAUGAUGUCUGUUUUUUCAGAGAAUGCUCCAAAAAGUGUGAAAGUUGAGUAUGCUUUUCGAAUAUAUGACUUUAAUGAAGAUGAUUUUUUAUGUCGGAGUGAUGUUUGUCAGAUUAUAAGUAAACUUUGUGGCGAACAAAAAUUAACUGAAGAUAACAUAAAUGCUAUUGUAAAAAAAAUUAUGGCUGAAGCAGACUUAGACGAUGAUAAUCGGUUGUCAUUUGCAGAAUUUGAACACGUUAUUUCAAAAGCUCCAGAUUUUGUAAAUUCUUUUCGCAUACGUUUUUGAUAUACGUUUUUGAUAUACGUUUUUGAUAUACGUUUUUGAACUAGUUUUUUACAAAUUAACUUCAACAGGUGUUCUCGGUUGUAUAAAACUAUUGUUUAAAUGCUUCUUUUUUUUUCAGCACAUAAAUUAAUUAUUUCAAACUAUUUAUACUUUGAAAAUUUUGAGGGUCUUUAAAAAAGUUAUUGUAAAUAGAUUUAUAAAUUUAUAAAAAAAGGUUGGAUUUUUUUUUAAACCAUAAAGUUUAUAUAUAUAUCUGUAAAAAAUAUAAAUUUAUACCAAUUUAUUAGAACAUAAUCGGAAAUUGAAUUCAAAAUUAUACAAUUGAUUUUAAGUUUAAGAAAAGAAAUUUUAUAAGUUUUUGAACUCCAGUGGCUUUUUUAUUUUAAAGAACAUAUUUAGGAGUUCAAUACAUAUAUUUUAGAAAGUGGUUGUUUUUACGACCACCCUGGUAAAUUAGAUUUUUAGCUUACUCGCUGUGUGCUUCUAUUGUUCACUAACAACCUAUAUGAUAUAUUAUUUCUGAACUUAAAACUAUUUACCAUCCCAAAUAAUUAAU